GAUGAGCUUUGUGGACACUCAAAGGCAUCGGAGGAUCACGAAUGGCUGUUGGCUGCUUCUAAAUUGGCUGAGCAGACAAGGUUAAAGGGAGAGCAUCUGAAUAACCUUGAUCUUUCAAAGGGUCCAAUUGAAACAAGGUCAAGGGAUAAACUUGGAUAUCAGGAAGAUAACAAAUUUGACACUCUUAAAGUGAGCAAAAGCUCUCUCAGAAAUGGAGGUAUUUACAAUAUGAAUGCAGUGCAUCAGAGAAGCACUGCAAGCUUGGUGGGAAAUAUGAAUAGUGACAAGUAUAGUAGCAAUGUUCUGAACAAAGAAUCUAACAAUAACACCAAUGAUAGUGUCAACUCAAAUGCAACUGACAAAAGGUUUAAGACAUUGCCUGCAUCAGAAACACUGUCACGGAAUGUGGUUCUUGGUGGAUAUAUCUUUGUCUGUAACAAUGACAUGAUGCAGGAUGAUUUGAAGAGUCAGCUAUUUGGCAGCAAGUUUUGGAGGCUCUAACAUUGAUCCUACUGCAUGGGAGGAUAAAAAAUACAAAGGCGAGUCAAGAUUUCCUGCUCAGGUAAGGAUUCGUGUGAGGAAACUCUGCAAGGCGUUGGAAGAAGAUUCAUUCAGGCCUGUUUUACAUCAUUAUGAUGGUCCCAAGUUUCGUCUUGAGCUGUCAGUUCCAGAAGCAUGGAUUUUCCUUGUUCUCAUCAUAAGAAACUAUUUUGCACAAUUAUUAUCUUAUUGUUGGUUUCUCUCUUCCUCACCCUAUUUUGGUGGGUGGUAUGGUGUGCGUGGUUUAAUUUUGCAGACCCUGGAUCUGUUGGACCUAUGUGAACAAGCGGGCCCAGCAGCUUAGGCCCACGAGGGGUUAUGAAAUAAUAUAAUUUAGAACAUAGGUUUUGGACUUUUGGUGCGCUUGAUGUGUGCUUUUGGCAGAUUUUCCUUGAAGCGUAAGCUUGGAAAUUAGUCAGAAUAUCGUAUCAUCUCAGGUGAGUUACGGUAGGGUGUUGAGAAACCCUUCUGGAUAUUAUAGUGAGUGACCGGCCCUGAAGAUGCUUUGUAUUGUAGCUUUUGUGGGGCAAUUAUCCCGAUAAAGCCUUUAUCUUUUAUGUAUGUACAACCAUCAAAAAAACGCAAGAAACAAAAUAAACUUUUAUUGACUUUUUGGUAGAAAA